AUGACCUUACUCGUCAUCUUAAUGACAGGAUUUUUCUUGCACCAAGUAAAAGGCCAUCCGUGUAGUACGACUGGUAUUUACGGAAUAGCUGACUGCCAGUGCAACUUUAUGGAGGCCUGUGAUGUACAAGAGAACCCGAAACCCAACUUAACACGAUACUUGCCAACAGGCGUGGAUCAGCUCGGGCUUGUCGAGGGAGGACAACAAAACCUGGCGUAUUUGUGUGAAGGUGCUGGCGCAGUGGGCAUUCUGUAUGACUGCAAUAACCGAAUUCCUCUCUAUGCUGCCACCGUGAUUAACGGGACCCAGCUAUCGGGAAAGAGCCUCGGGGGUCGACCAAAUAUUAAAUUUUCACUGAGCAGAGAACUCCAUCGAAGUUUUCAGCAACGAAAUGGAGAUUACAAAUAUGCUUCAAAGCGAGAACUUUGCUAUUUAUCUUUACAAAAUGGGAGCAAGUACGUCGUCGAAGAAGACUGGUUAAAAGCAAGUAAAAACCUUUCCGGGACUCUGCUCUGUCCUGGAGGGUCAGUUGUCAAAACAUCAGUUCACCGCGGACACUUGAUUGCCUCACAGUAUGGCCGCAACAAUCAAGCAAAGAAAAGAGCAACUUUCAAAUACACCAAUGCUGUCCCCCAGUUUGGAGUGUUUAAUUCGUACCCUUGGAGAGUCUGUGAGAGCCGACUCAUUACAUGGGGAAAUCAAAACUGUGCUCAGGUUAGAGGAGCAACGGAUGUUCGGUUAUUUAUCGUGGUUGGUGCUAUCCCAUCGACAGUACGUGGAUCCUCGAAACAGAGAUAUUUUGGCAAAAGAGGGUUCAGUGACUACAAAGAUACUAGCAAUUACCGGGUGAACGUGCCUAGUGGCAUGUGGACCGCUGCCUGCUGUAGUUAUAGCAUUAACGGAACAUUGCAAUAUCGCAGCACGGCCUUCUGGAGAGAAAACAAUCCAGGAAACGCGCCAUGUAAAAGGACAGACGUAGGUGACUUAACGAGAUGGUUGUCCGGAUGCAUUCACGGUGGCACCAAUUUAUUUCCGCAAACACCUCAGUGCAACAAUAUUGGAAAUUAUAUCCGUCUGCCGUGAUAAAGACACUAGACACAGCGAACAUAGAUUAACAAAGGUCACCAAAAGCUUAGAUGGAGCUUAUUAAAUUUCAGCAUGUAGCUAAAUGUUUCAUUUUUUAGACCUGGGUCAAGUCCAGUAAGUCUGUAGAAACACCGGGCUUGUGAUCAGGCUUGUGAUCACGCUUGAGCCCACGUUUACAUUGGAGCACUCCUUUACAUAUUUGGUUUUAAACUCGAUAGUGUGAUGAGAAAUAAAUUUUUAGGCAGUUCGAUGUUUAACUUUUAUAUCUGGACUUGCUAAAUUGCAGUUAGCAUCACUCAUCCCUGAUCUAAAUUUGACUUCCAUGGAAAUAGAUAUGUGACAAAGUAAAUAAAGUUGGUGCUUUUGAGAUAAACUUCUUUCCUACUGAAAUAAUACUGCUGUAAUGACACAGGUCAGAUCGUGCAACAGAUACGUAGAGGCGUGGACGACAAUACCGAGUUUUCCAGGUUGUUUGAACACUUGGUGAACCUAUUUGAUUAUAUAUUCUGAUACAUACAUAUCCGAUACAUAUCUGUUUAUCCGCGCACUAGAGCAACGCGAACUGUGAACCAGUAAAGCUUAUCUAAUAUCAUUACACACCCACAAAGACAUCUGGUUUUAUUGCGUACCCUCUACUUGUUUAUUUCGCAGGCAGAGCAUCAGACCAAUUCGAUUGUUUGAUCUAGUAUUCUCCUCUGUGAUGAGGCAAACAUUUCGAAUUUACUUUCUGUUUCCCGUCGCGUUCAACCUUAAGUAGUAUAGGAGUUGGCGGUACGAGAUCACGAAAAGAUCGCGUACAAAAACGCCAACCCUCUAUCUAACUACUUUCCAUAUUAUGGAAAUCAUUUGAUAAAAUUAUUUUACGAAAUCAUUUGAUGGAAUUAUUUAAUGGAAUCAUUUGAUGGAAUCAUUUAGUAAUAUAGGAGACUAGCGCUAUGAUCUCACAACAUUUUUCUAUUGCGUGACAUUCUCAGAAAAACAGGAAAUCAAUGAUGUAACAGGGACUUUCCCGAGGAAAUGAGUCAUCAGAUUGCUAUUGAUGUUAUGUCAUUCAAUUCACUCAAUCAUUAUGGGAUCCGUGGUCUGGCACUAGAAUGGGUCAAAAGUUAUCUUUCUGAGAGGACACAAUUUGUCGAAUUUAAUAACGUUAGAUCUGCCCCACAGGGGAUUCCCUGUGGGGUGCCUCAAGGUUCUAUUCUUGGUCCCUUAUUUUUUAUCCUGUAUGUUAAUGAUUUGAACAAUGCUUCCCUGCUUGAUGCAAUCUUGUUUGCUGAUGAUACAAACUUAUUUAUCUCCCAUAAUGACCCUGUUUACCUAAUUAACACAUUAAAUAGAGAAUUAAACAAAUUGUCAACCUGGUUUGCAGCAAACCGGCUCUCCUUGAAUUUAGCCAAGACUAAUUUUAUGGUAUUCAAGCCUUGGCAAAAGAAGCAAUCCUUUGAAUUUCAAGUUUUCAUAAAUGAGCAGCCUAUUCUUCGUGUUUCUGAGACCAUGUUUUUGGGUGUUUUAUUAGAUGACAAUUUGACCUGGAAAUCGCAUAUAUCCUUAACAGCAAAUAAAUUAUCCAAAUCUAUAGGUAUUAUUCAUAAAUCUAGGUUUUUCUCUCUACUCACUCCCUUCGUACUUUAUACAAUUCUAUGAUCCUUCCAUAUUUGUAUUAUUGCAAUUUAGCUUGGGCUGGUACCUAUAAGUCAAACCUUCAAAGAAUUGUAACCUUACAGAAACGUGCGUUAAGAAUAGUAAGCAAUUCUACAUACAUUGCCCAUACUGGCCCUAUUUUAAAGGAACUUAAACUCUUAAAAUUUCAUGAUAUCCAUUCGUUUCAAUUAGGUACUUUUAUGUUUUCAUUCGAGAACUCUACACUCCCUUCCAAAUUCAAUAACUUUUUUUUUACUGAAUAGUCAAAUCCACAAUUAUAAUACUAGGAAUGCUCAGUCCUUCCGUUUGCCACUGUGCAGAACGAACACCAGGAAGUUUUCAAUUUACUUUCAAGGUCCAAACUUUUAUAAUUCGUUAAAUUCUGACAUAACUAGUUCUCCCUCCUCCGCUUCUUUUUAAAAGAAAGCUUAAGGAAUUUCUUCUCUCUAAGUAUUAGCUUCUGUAAGGCAGUAAUUCUUAACUAACUUAGUUAAUAUGUGUGUGUGUGUGUGUGUGUACGUGUGCGGGUCAAAGUUAAUUACCAUAAGUCCAUAUUGUAAUUCUAAUAUAAGAUUAGUUAUUUUAAGUGAGAAAGCCUGACUUGUUAUAAGCCUCGUGGUUUCUUUCAGGUUUUCUCGCCAUUUAUUUUCUGUCAUCAAUUUUCUUCUUUUUUUUUUUUUUUUUUCCAUGUGUAAAUGUCGUAUAUGGCAAAUAAAUAUUGUAUUGUAUUGUAUUGUAUGUCAUGUGAAAGUCUCGUGAGAUCACGUGAUCUUUACAAAUAUAUAUUCAACACUUAUUUUUGAAGAAAGAUUAUCAUUAAAGUUUGUCAAUAAAGUUUGUCAAUAAAGUUUGUCAAUAAAGUUUGUCAGUGAAGUUUGUUGGUGAAGUUUGUCACUGAAGUUUGUCAGUAGAUUUGCCUCCAGAUUGAAGACGCUCGGCAUUAUGCAAUCAGCACAUCCUUCCCUGCAUGCCUUGCUCCCUUUCGUGUCUUUUCAACACGAGAAAGGACGCUGUCUUACCCCAACUGACGUAACUUUGACAGAGGAAAAAAAGCGCGCGUACUGUGAAAUGUUAUCAUUGAGUACACUCCAUGCAUAACUGACUACGCUCAAGAGAUCACAAUCUCUUGCAAUGCUGGAUUACACAGCCUGUAAAACGAAGGGAAAUCAUUCAAAUAAAACAGCCUUCGAAAUUGACGUAAAACACGUGAAACAUCAUACUUGGCCUAAGAAUUUCGUAGUGAAGGAUGCCCAUCGGACCGCCCUUGGAAAUUGAUCGCCCUUGAAGUCAUUAAAGAAAUCAUACUAAGUCGUGUUUGUAGCUCCUCCUAACCUUGUUCAAAAGACAAAAUCUUGAAUUGAUAUUUGUUUGAUCCUAGUGGCUAUUCACAUUUUAAAUGUCUUUAUAUUUCAUGGCCCGUCAGGGAAGGGCGAAGUUAAAUGUCCAUUCUGAAAAGUGUUCAACGUAUCAUUUGAUGGAUUGAUAGCCCUAUGAUUUUUCAUUUGCCAGCCCUAUCAUGGCUUCAUAAAUGUUCUAUUCGUAAGACUGAACAGCUCAAGAUCGUUUCCCAACGCAAGAAUAUUCCACGAACUGAAUGCUGUAAGUUUAAGUUUAAGCAAAAUAUAUCAAUGAAAUAUUAUUUUACCGCCAUCCCUCAAAAAAAUCAAUCUGUGAAACGAAACGUGUGAUAAGUCGAACGUAGACACAUCGUCGACAUCUUCAUCGAAGAGAAAGUUAGAGUAAUAGACUUUAGUUUACUACCUCCUCACGCUAUAUUAUAGGCAUCAUUUCCUUCCUAUUGCAACGUUGUAGUAGUUCGAGCCAUACUUUAGACAUAAGCCUUGUGAUUAUUUUCGGCAGUCUGUUGAUAGGAAUGUUAGCAUUGUUCUGCUUUGACCGAACGUGUGUCUAACUCCCCAAUAGGGUAUCAAUUACGCAAUACUCCACAAUUUGCCCUGAAGUAUCUAUAUAAUUUGGCAAGGAUAUAUUAGAAAAUUUCACCAUUCCGGCUGAUGUAAAGAAUAUAAAACGAGGUUGUCGGGAAAAGAAGUCAAUCCUAAAUUCCUAGUUUGAUAACAUGUGUUUCGAACGAGUUAGCUGGUGUCGUAAAAAAGUACCACGCUAAAGAAGUUGUUGUGCCAGGUGAUAAACACCUGUGACACACGAGGAAAUCCUAAGUCUUACUCGCCGAGAGCCGACGGCGACACCUCAAGCAUUAUGGGAAGGCAGAGUAGUGGGCAUUCUUUAUGUUACAGUUGAUGGUCAGUUGUAAUCGGUCAUAAGGUCAGUCAUGAAAACGACUGGUGUCGGUCACAGUGUAUAGCUGCUUCUCUGUCGAACUAAUUGUUGAAACUGAUUGCAAAGUUAUGUCGAGAUAUCAUUGGCUGUAAGACCCAUCUAGCGCUUGUAAGGUGUGGCCGGUCAGUUAUAGCGAUUCCUCAGGAAUAAGAGUUGAGGAACGAAAACUUUGAAACUUUACAUGAAUGUUCUCCACCAAACACUGCUUCGAUUAAUAUUAUAAAAAGGUCAGGCAAAUCUUGCGGUAACUGGAAGCAAGCACAUGCAAGAAUGUAUUAUAUAACUUUCGGAAAAGAUAGUGCAAUUUUUAAACAACAUCGACUCAAAAGGUCAUUAUCUGUAUCUUUGAGUAACGCCUUGGUGCAUGCUUUCAGUUGUACCUAUUUUUCUUUCCGGAUUAAUUUGUUUUUAAAUUUUUGCACCUUAAAGGGCAUCACUUUCACAUCAAAAUUCUAAAAUGAAUAGGUCACCGUGCUCUUUAAGAGGAAAAAAACCAUCUUUCCUCCAUAGCACAUUCAAUGCCAGGAUUGAGAGAAAAGAAAUCAUUCACGUUAUCUGAAUGCGUGCGUUCUUUUUGCUAGGAGUUAUGGGUAGUGUUAUGCGUAGUACUGGUUGCGUGUUGCAAUACUGAGGAAUCACAUUUUAAUAAAUCGACCAUUUAGAUUCGUUGGUUGUCACUGGUUGUGUAGAUGUUGCGACUAAGCCAACCAUCGGGUUUGUUAUUUGUUGGUACCCAUCGAGAGGACUCUGUUCUCAGUAAACCAGCUUUUCAUGGUCAAUAGUAAAAAGUAGUGAGCGCUGAUAACGAAACAUUGAGCAGAGCUCUAGUCAAGGUCAUUUAUUUAUCGUGGUAGGCCUUUGAUUGAAUAAGCGUACGGCGGAUGUUGAAAGUAUAGUGAAGUGAUGGUUAAAGCUCUCACAUCCUGAUGUUAGACCUGCUAUGUGAAAUGACCUACUCUCGUCUAAGUUCCCCAACACCACCAUAGCUGUGCGUGACAAAAACAAAAGAAACAUGGAAUUUUAUUGCUAUAGUGUGCUCACUUGAGGCGGCCUUAGAGCCCAAGAGGUGUGUUUUGAGCGCAAUUAAUGCAAUGUGUACUGAACUGUAUUGACCUAAUGUCGAGCCUCGUAACAAAGUAGACAUCACCCUUCAGCAGGACCAUGAGUUUCAAUAAAAUUCCGUGAAUUUCUCGGUGUCACUAUAUUUCGGUAGCUAUGCCACUGCCGUCAUGAAAACAACUAUACACAAGAAAAGGUUUUCGGGAGCUCGGAGAGCGCUUAGAAUUUCAGCUGCGUAUCGUACUUCUUACUUUCAAGCCCAGUUUGAAGUUCAGUAAGACUGCAAACCAUAGACGCUUGUGAUCAUACGUUUUCUUAUGUUCAAAGCGAAGCGCUCUAAAUUUUCUCAAAAUCAAAUUGGUGAAACUAAUUUCUUUUCAGUUCGCUUUUUAACUUCUGUUUAGGGGAAGCUAUAUUGCAUUAUUGAAUAAACAGUGAUCGAAACACCAUCCCGCUUUAAACAAAAAACUUGCUCGGUAAAAUUAGAGUGUUCAAUAACAUGUUACAGUUGAUCGUCAGUUGUAAUCAGUCAUAAAGUCAGUCAUGAAAACGACUGGUGUCGGUCACAAUGAAUAGCUGCUUCUCCGUCGAAAAAGUACAAGCCUGAUUGGUGUAACUAAUUGCAAAGUUAUGCCGAGAUGUCAUUAGCUGCAGGACCCAUCUAGCGCUUGUAAAGUGUGGCCAGUCAGUUAUGGCGAUUCCUUAGGAAUAAGAGUUGAAGAACGAAAACUUUGAAACUUUACAUGAAUGUUCUCCACCAAACACUGCUUCGAUUAUUACGAUAAAAAGGUUAGGCAAAUCUUGCGGUAACUGGAAGCAAGGGUUUUUAAAGAAGAACUUAAGAAGUCUCGAGCACAUGCAAGAAUGUAUCAUAUAACUUUUGGACAAGGUAACGCAAUUUUUAAACAACAUCGACUCAAAAGGUUAUAAUCGGUAUCUUUGAGUAACGCCUUUGUACACGCCUUAAGUUGUACCUUUUUUUCUUUCCGGAUCAAUUUACUCUUAAAUUUGGUCACCGCGCUCUUUAAGAGGAAAAGACCUUCUUUCCUCUUUAGCCAAUCCAAUGCCAGGAUUGAGAGAAAAGAAACCCUUCACGUUAUAUGAAUGCGCGCGUGCUUUUCGCUAAGGAGUUAUUGGUAAUGUUAUGCGUAGUACAGGUUGCGUAUUGCAGUACUGAGGAAUCACAUUUUUGAUAAGUGAACCAUUUAGAUUCGUUCGUUGUCAAGGGUUGUGUAAAUGUUGUGACUAAGCCAACUGUCGGGUUUGUUAUUUGUUGGCCCCUAUCGAGACGACUCUGUUCCCAGUAAACCAGCUUUUUAUGGUCAAUAACAGAGAGUAGUGAGCGCUGAUAACGAAACAUUUAGCAAACCUCUAGUCAUCUUCAUUUAUUCAUCGUGGUAGCCCUUUGAUUAAAAUUUCGUCCUUGAGCUAUCACAAUGGUCAGCAGUAAGUGUGUGUGGGAUGAAGAAAGCAUCAUGAAGUAUGAAGUUCAGUAAGACUGAAAAACAUAGAAGCUUGUGAUCAUAUGUUUUCUCGUAUUCACAGUGGAGCAAUCUAACUUUUCAAGGUCAAUUUGGUAAAACUAUUUUCUUGUCAGUUCGCUUUUAACUUCUGUUUAGGGUGAGCUAUAGUAUUGUAUUACUGAAUAAACAAUGAUCAAAAUGUCAUCGAGUUGACGCGAUUUUUAUUUACUGCCUGUAAUAGGAAUAAGUUCCUCAUGAAAAAAAAAAUUAUUUUUCUAACUACAAUGGUCGACACUCCACCGAAUUGUACGUGAUUUCCAACAAAUAAAUUUGGUUUGACACUAUAUUAUAUAUAUGACAUCCUGCUCAUCGCAUUUGCUUGCCAUUUACGUCAUGGAAAUUGGAACAUCCCUAAAAUUUCAUGUUUUCAGCAUUAGCGUUGAAUUGUUUUGACGGCGAUGUUCGUUUUGUGUUAUUUUGGCCUCCCACGAUUUACAUAGAUAAUGAAUACUUAAAAAAUUUGCCUUGCUUAAUUUGUCAGAAGAUUUCAUCACACCUGUUGACUUUGAAAUCAUUUAAUUCCUAGAAAAUCACUUUCUGUCGGGGAGGGAAGUCAGUCUAAAUUCCAAGUUAACCGGAAGGAUCUAUAUUAUUUAGAUUUCCUUGAACGUGUCUCGCGCAAGGUUAGCAGGGGUCUCGAAUGAGGUUCCCACGAUAGAAAUCUUUGUCUCAGCUUGGAAGCAAAUACCGUCGUAAAGCGCUAAUACAGUUUGUGUGACCCGCAGCAAAGUCAUGAACAAAUCGACCGCGAGGUUAAUUUUCCUCUUAAUGACUGGAUGUUUCUUGCAUAAAGUGAAAGGCCAACAGUGUAGUGUGAUUGGCACUAACGGAAUAGCUGCCUGUCAGUGCAACUUUAUGGAGGCCUGUGAUGCACAGGGAAACCCGAAUCCCAACUUAGCACAAUACUUGCCAACAGGUGUGGAUCAGCUCGGGCUUGUCGAGCAAGGACAACGAAACCUGGCGUAUUUGUGUGAAGGUGGUGAUGCAGUAGGCAUUCUGUAUGACUGCAAUAACCGAAUUCCUCUCUAUGCAGCCACCGUGAUCAAUGGGGCCCAAUUGACUGGAAAGAGCCUCGGGGGUCGACCAAAAAUUAAAUUUUCACAAAGCAACUUACUCAAUCCUCAUUUUCAACAACAAAAUAACGAUUACGUAGAUGCUUUAAAGCGAGAACUUUGCUACACAACACAAAUAAGGAGUGAGUACUUAGUUGAAGAGGACUGGUUAAGAGCAAGUGGACGCAGAAAACGUUUCAGGACUCGACUCUGUCCUGGAGGGUCAGUAGUCAAAACAUCAGUUCACCGCGGACACUUGAUUGCCUCACAGUAUGGCCGCAACAAUCAAGCAAAGAAAAGAGCAACUUUCACAUACACCAACGCUGUCCCCCAGUUUGGAGUGUUUAAUUCGCACCCUUGGAGAGUCUGCGAGAGCCGACUCAUUACAUGGGGAAAUCAAAACUGUGCUCAGGUAAAAGGUGCAACAAAUGUGCGGUUAUUUAUCGUGGUUGGUGCGAUCCCAUCGACAGUACGUAGAUCCCCGAAACGGAGAUAUUUUGGCAAAGGGGGGUUCAGCAACUACAAAGACACUAUCGGCGAUUACCGGGUGAACGUACCUAGAGACAUGUGGACUGCUGCUUGCUGUACUUAUAGCGACAAAGGAACAUUGAGAUAUCGUAGCACGGCCUUCUGGAGAGAAAACAAUCCGGGAAACACACUAUGUCAUAGAGCAGACGUAGGUUUCUUAACGAGAUGGUUGUCCGGAUGGAUUGCCGGUGGCACCGUGAGUUUCAAUUUAUUUCCGCAAACAUCUCAGUGCAACAAUAUUGGAAAUUAUAUCCCUCUGCCGUGAUGAAGAUACUUGACACAGCGAACAUAAACUAACAAAGAUCACCAAGAGCUUAGAUGAAGCUCAUUAAAUUUCAGCACAUAGCCAAAUGCUUCAUUUUUUAGACCGGGGUCAAGUCUAGUAAGUUUGUAGAAACACCGGGGCUUGUGAUCAUGUUUGACCUCACGUUCAAAUUCGAGCACUCCUUUAUAGAUUUGCUCUUUAAACUCGAUAAGGAGUUGAAAAAUAAAUUUUUAGGCAGUUCGAUGUUUAACAUUUAUAUCUGGAUUUGCUAAAUGCAGUUAGCAUCAUUCACCCUUGAUCUAAAUUUAUCUUCCAUGGAAACUUCUUUCCCACUGACUGACACAGGUCAGAUCGUGCAACGGAUACGUAGAGGCGUAGACGACGAUGCCGAGUUUUCCAAGUUGUUUGAACACUUGAUGCAUCUAUUUAAUUAUAUAUUCUGAUACGAUACAUAUCCGUGUAUACGCGCACUAAAGCAACGCGAAGUUAAAACUCAAGAGUUUAUGUCCUGCAUUUUGUAGAAAUAAACAUGGACGUCAGUCCGUCUUCGUUAUGUAAACAAAAAAAUACGCGUUUUUGCAGAAUCCUUCACGGGAAGUGCUUUAUCACGUCAAUCGGAAAGGCGGGUGACGAUUUCAGCAUUAGUGCUUUAACUAUGUUGUUAGUCAGUCGCUUUCGCUGAGGGCGGUCCUCUCGACCUCCCAUCCAAAAAAAGUUCUCUUUUAUUGUUUUGCCCACGAGAAGGGUUUAGGAUACACGUUUCAAAAAUAGUUUAGUUAUUCUCCGAUUCUCUUUUUUUGCGUCGGCACGAGCUAAAAUCGAUUUUUGGCUGGGCCACCCGUGUGGACGGCGAUCGUAAGUGUAAAUUUCACAAAGCUUCUCGAGCGCGCUGCGACUGCAAUGAUACGGGUCACUAAAUUCUCUCUUGCUACAAGUUAUAAGAUGUAGAUUGUCAGUUCACAGACACAAUAUGGAAACUUUAACUGAAAACUUUUUCAUACCAGUGUGAUCAGAGGAGACCCCUCCCUUCGACCUUAAUACGUAAAAAAGAGUUCUCAAAAUGCAGGCGUAAAUGGAGCUAAAAACGCAUAAUCGAUCGCCUUAAACCCGCGGGCAUCUUUAGCUUUCAUCCACCAACGUUUUGAAAACGACGCAAAUCAAUGUGUUUGCUCAAUUGCGCUCGUGUCAUACCUCAUUUGCAUAACUCUGAAAAUUGAUAGAGAUAUCCUUUGGACCAUUCAAACUUCGUUUGUUUAUCUCCCACGUUGAUAAUUUCAGGUUUUCAUAACAAUUGAAUGGAAAAUAGAUAUCGAGUUGUGCUAAAACGUUGCAUAAACGUGAACAGUCGUAUCCGGCUUUCAUGACGACGGAACUGCUGUUAGCGAGAGCGGCACUCAAAUCAGUUUCCUCUAUUUCUGAGAAUUCCUUAGCAAUCACAGAAGGUUUUUCUCAGAUCCGCAAAAAGGUUUAAGAGGUGAAAGGUGAAUUGAAUGUUUGCAGAAAUCAGUAGACAAAUAGAUUAGAGUCGCGGGUUAUUGCAAAGAGCGGACGCUUUGUGUCUUGAAUCAACAUUUCGAGAACUACCCGUUCAUUGUUUCUGACUCAUUCAAUUCAACCAUUUGAAUACACCAUGAAAAAUUUUUUGCAUAUUUCGCUUGUCGUUUUUCGGUAAAUUCUCUGCACGAACAAGCUCUAAACUUCCCUCAGUCUUUGUUCUCGAUGGAACUAACAUAUGAAAAUCAACUUCUCGUCCUCAAUAUCUCAUGCACAAUUAGGUUUUCAUAAGAUUUCCGCUAAGAUUAACUUGUCGGACAAACGUGUCGAACGUAAUUUAUCUCUUUACUAUUCUUCCAAGUAAGAGGUAUUAUUCUGUUUUCCCAGUAGCAGUGCUCAGGAGGUCCAUUAGUUUGGCAAGAGUUUUACCGCCGCGUAAAUUCAUGGAUCAUGUUUCGUUGAUUACCUAGACUAAAAAUAUCGACUUUUACUUUUUCUAGUAUGUAUUCGUAACAUGAGAAAAGGAACUAUAGCAUUAUCCCAGCUGAUUCAAUUGAAAUGAGGUUCCUGAUUCCGCAUUCGUAACAAUGAUAUACGUUUUUUUCUUAUCCUAUGAGCUAAAGAGUACGGAAAGUGCUUUAACGUCUAGGUCAGAAAAUUCUUUCUCGUACACUGUUCCGACAUCUUCCUCUCUUUCCAAGAAUUCCUAGUAAUUACAAAGAUCUUUCCAUGAAGGGAGAUGAAAGGUGACCACUCCCCCAGGCAGAUGGUAGAAUUUCAGCAGUUCUCUGGUCUUUUGCCAUAAAGCUUAACCUUUGUGUUAACUCCCAUGAAAAACAUACGAGGGUCUUUAUCAAGGUUUUCAUGUGCUGGCGGUAUCAUUUAUGUACUUUCUUUUCCAAUGCAGCUAAAACACAGAAUAUCCCUCCUAACAGGCCAUCGGUCAACAUCGGUCACGUACAGAGCUAGCAGAUAUCAUGACACUUUGUUCAACUCUCCGAUAAAUAAAUAAAACAGCACGCAACUUGCUUAGAAUUAGUCUCUACGCGGUAGGGAAAACUUCAAAGACAAGGUAUGACUUGUUAAAUGCUAUAUCGCUUGAAAUCGCUUUAAACCCUACAGAACUUCAUAAACCUUAGUAGACUUAAGUAGCCUGAGUUAAGAAACUGGGUGCAGUAAGAACUAAAAGAGUUUACGCAUUACUUUUCACUGAUAAGAAGACAAGCGGAUUAUAUAUUGGACGAAAUUUGAUAAAAAAUUAUCCACUGCAUCAUCGAAGAAACUGAACUUUUCUUUCCGUCUUCAGAAAAGCAAUCACGUUGGGCAAGCAAAAGAUGAAGCAAAAGGUAAGUAGGAGGCAAAAUUUACUCGACAUCAUGAUGGUUUUAUUCGCCAAGACGAUUAGUGGGCUAAGUGAGAAUUCAGUUACCUAUGUGCGCAUGUUGUAGAAAAGAACUGACGACAGUGGUUUUUUUUGUCAGUAUAGUUUUAUCAUCCACUUCACCCCUUCAAUUCUUUUUUUGUAUUUUGCUCAGUAAUAACACACUUUUCCUCACCCUAAGGAAUCUGUUUUUGAAAUUGCUUCCUUGCAGUCGUUUUUCUAUUCUACGCGCGUCAAAGCUUCUUUGUUUUCGUGUUGUCUUUAAGUACUUUAACAACUGGAAUACCCUUCAUACAACACCUAUCAAAAUGAUAACCUUUAGAGCGAAGAGAUAGCCAGGGCCUUAGCAUGGUGCAAUUUCUAAUUAAUUUGUCAAUAUAGCAGCUGCAAAAAUUCAAUUGGAGAUGACAGUAGAGCUUAUAUGCGUGUAAACUUUACGACGCAGGAAAGCCGUCUUAAAGAUGUCCAGAAACAUGUCGCCGCGAUAUUCAUUCUCUGGGUUCUGGGUUCGAACAUACCAGGGUCGUCAGGUAAGACAAUCAAUUGAUUAUGUGUAGAUCAGGACAGCCAAGUCUUUCAUAUUUAUGAUUAAGUCAAGGAGAGAGAGGUAACCCUGGGGUAUUUGAUUUCGAUAAGAAACUUUUUAAAGUAUGGAAGAUAAGGCAUACUUUCCAUAAUGGCACAAUGUUUCUCUUCUUACUUCCCGCCUCUUUCCCUCAGAGCAUCACAAUCCACUUGAAAUUUUCAGGUGCCACUUUUUACAACGAUUUUCAAGACUGUAAUGGAACGAAGUGGAAAAAUACCUUUCCUGACCUGGAUUUUGCACUUCUUGGCUACGACAUCCUGCACGGUGAUCCCAAUGCCGAAUGCGAUCCAGGGUUUAAGCACCCAAUAUUCAGGGCUGACUAUUCUGAACUUAGACAAAGUGCGGAUUGUCGUUACAGCAUCCCAGUGGGUCUGACAGCGUACCCAUGUCAAUCUUGCUUGGUGUCAUUUGAAUCUAAACUUGUCCGAAACAAGCAAGAAAUGUCAAAACUCCUUGGAGGUGCAGCAAAGGUGGAAGGUAAACGGGAACUUAAAUUUGAAUUGCGAGAUUACUCCCUGAAUUCCUUGCAUAAGACCCAAUUGUUUUUAAUAAUGAUUAAUUACCAACCUAUCUCAGCGAGCGCACUGAAGCUUGAUAGACUGCGGUGUUUGUAACAUAAAAUGGGAACUAAAAACGUUUUUAGAGAAAGCACUAGGUAACAAUAAGGGUGGAAAUAAACGUAAAUGUCGCGAUAUUCCAGUUUCGUUUUGAGGGUCUCUGUAACUCGGACUUGUUAUACUUUAGGAAAGCCGCACCUUAGAUAUUUGAUGAUGUCUCAAAUAACCCAGAUGGAAGUCUGCCAAUUAUUUAGCGUCUUCCCAUUGACGGACUGACGUUAAAUCCAAGAUUAAGAAGAGUUAGCCAUGCUCGAUUAAUAGGCAACAGUAUUUAGAGCAUCAUGCCGUCUUUGUUUUCAAUCACUUAGGAGGAGGCUGGGGAUUUCAAUUCUCUGCUAGUGCAAGCUAUAGGAGAGAUGUAGCUGAAAUGUCGUCUGGAGAGUAUAUGCGUGUUAUUUCCAGUGCACAUUGUCAGCACUAUCGCAGUAAGAUUGACCUCACGAGACCUCCGCCGUUUCAUCCCGGUUUCAUUGAGUGGGCGACAAAACUAGCUGAUCCGCGGACUUCAGAUGGAGAUGUGUUACAGUUCGUCAAAUACUACGGAACUCAUUUCUUCUCAGACGUCACGUUUGGUGCAAAGUUCAUCCAAAGCCACAAGGUAAAUCAGGGGGCUCUAACGACCCUGAAGAAAUCAUCCUUCAGCGUGGAAGCCCAGGCGAGCUACUCAGGUUUAUUCAGCAUCGGAGGAGGAUUUUCCAUGAACAGCGAUCAAAGAAACGCUGCGUCCAACUUUUUGAAAAAUGUACAAACCACAACCAUCACCGUUGGGUCUUCCCCACCCAGCAAUGGAGACGCAAUGACUUGGGCAGCGUCAGUUCAAUCGAACCCUGUUCCAACCAAGUACACUCUUACGGGAAUAGAGAAUCUCUUUACUGAUCAUUUUACCAGACAUCUUUCUCCCGAGGUUAACUACGGUAGUUUGAAGAUGAAAUUGGUGAGUGCUGCCUAUAAAUACUGCCAAGUUUUAAAAAUGCAAGGGAAAGUCUCUUCGUGUGAGAACAACUAUAACGUUGAAGGAACUGAUAUUGGAUUUACACGUAAAGGUGCGGAAACGUCUUUGCUGUUUUAA